AUGGGAGUGAAGGUUGAGGAGGAGGGCAGCAUGGAGGAGGGCAUAGCCCCAGAGAGAGGGAGGGGUGGAGGCGUGAGCGAGGAGACAGCGGGCGAUCUUAGUGAUUUCGCGAAUGCGGCUUUCUGCAACGCCGUUCUGCUGUGGGGAGUGGGGAAGAGUGUGGGUCUGUUGGAUGCCAUGGGUGGUGCAGUAGUGAGAGAGAGUGCGGUUGAGGAAUUCGCCUCCCCCAUCAGAGUGGAGGCGGCCGAUGGGACGUUUGAAGUGGGUGCGGCAUUGCUCUGCCCAGUUAAUGAUAAUGGUCGGCGCCUGGUCUUUGGUGUGGAGGAGGAAAAUGGAGGAGUAGCGGCUGUGAUCGUCAACAAGAACCAACAUGUAGCGAUGGCCUUGGCGUGA